UUAACUCUCUUUCAUUGUCUUCCUUUGUUCUUCCUUCUCCUCAUUGUCUUCUUUGCUCUCUGAUUUGUGUGUUUUGUUAGUCCGUUUGUUUGCUCCUCAUCUUUUACUUUUCAACUGUUUGCUUCAAGAAUGUGAGUAACUUCGAUGCUUCGGUACUGGGCAGUGAAGGAAAGAGAUGAAGCCACAACACCUGAGAAUACCACCUCACGUCUGUCUCUCCGUCUUCGCCUUCGCUGCCGUGUGUGGGCGUGCGGGCGUGGCGGGCAUGGAGGCGCGGCCAGGCGAGGAGGGCGUCGACAUGGUGAAGGUGUUCGCUAUGCAGCUAGACAUGUGGGCGCCGCCAAGAGAUGAUGUCCUCAUACGCUACAACUUGACGGACCAUUUCAAGGAGGGGGACGUGUCAGAGUUCCCGGAGGCGACGGUGUGCCUACGCGCGCGCCCUGUGGUUCUGAUGAGUUACGAGAGCCACAUCUCCAUCGCCACCUCAGACCAGGACAACGACGUGCUGCAUAUGUACCGGCGCGGGGAGCACCACGGGUUCUACUACAAUGGCGUGCGUCAGUACGGCUUCCUCAACAUGACCAACGAUAUCGGCCUGCACGAGUGGAGCCACUACUGCCACAACUUCCACCACGGAGAGUACCGCGCCUACAUCCACGGCGAGCUGGCGGCGAGCGGCCCCUUCAGCGUGCCCCACAAGGUGCCCCUCCCCGUCAAGGGCAUCAUCACCAUUGGUCAGGAGCAGGACCUCCUGGCGGGCGGCUACGACACGGACCAGAGCUUCAGGGGCCACAUAGCGCAGGUCAACAUCUGGAACAGGUCGCUCUCGCCGGAGGAGGUGCGGGUGCAGGCGGGCUGCACCAAGGCCCCCAUCGGCAACAUCUUCUCCACGGACAGGGAGGCGGUGGAGCUGCUGGGCGGCGCCACGAUGGAGCUGGUGGAGCACUCGUACUUCUGCCGCAAGGCGGUGGAGUACGUGAUCUUCCCGACGCGGUACAUGGCGCAGUCACGCCUCACCUGCAACAGGAUCGGCUACGAGGUGUACACGCCCCACAACCGCGCCGACAACAUAUUGCUGCACCAGGAGUCCCUGCGCUUCGCCGAGAAAUGCCUCUCCAACUACCACCUGUGGAUCGGCGUCACGGACCAGGAGGAGGAGGACGUGUGGCGGAAGUUCACCGACAACUCCAUCGCCGAGACGCAGUUCGAGCUGAACGAACCCAACGGCGGCACCGGCGAGAACUGCAUGCUGAUGUUCCUGCCCAACGGCCUAUGGGUGGACACCUCCUGCGUCAUCAGGUGGCCCGCCUGCGUGCCCUGCGAGGUGGACAGGACCUCGCCGCUGCGCCUGCGGGGCUUCUGCUUCUCUAACGAGGCGGAGACAUUCUACGAAGUGCUGGGGUACCGCGGGGAGAAGCCGUACCUGCACGGCUACUACGGCUUCAUGGUGUACCGCAGCGGCAACUACACCUGGGAGAUGUUCGACACCACGGUGGGGGAGGUGGUGGGCAUCCUGGACGUGCCCUCCAAGGACUCCUAUCCGAUCGGGCGCCACACGUGGACGCUGCGCCGCUCCAUGUGUAACAACCUGAUCGGGUCGCGCAUCCCUCUCAGCUUCUCCAUCUGUGACAACGACGAGUUCACCUGCGCCAACGGUGACUGCAUCCCCAAGGAGCGCCGCUGCAACGCCAAGGACGACUGCUCCGACCUGUCCGACGAGGAGGACUGCCAGUUCAUCAUCCUGCCGAAGGGGUACCGGUCAGAGCGGCCGCCGGACAACGAGACAGAAGGGCUGGCCAUCAACCUGGCGUCCGCCGUGAGGGUCCUCCGCUUCAUGGAGAUCUCAGACAUCCGCAGAGUGAUCAACGUGGAGUUCACCGUGGAGAUCACCUGGAACGACCCGCGCCCCAAGUACUACAACCUCGGAGACACGCUGGAGUGGAACAAACUGUCCAACGCAGACCGCGGCAAGGUGUGGACGGUGAAGCUGCUGUUCCCUAACGUGUACGACGGGAACAUCAAGCUGCUCUCCGAGGACCUCUACCUCAGCAAGAUCGCCGGUCCCAUGCCGCCUGACUACAACAACGUCAGGAUGGACACUGUGUACCACGGCAAGUCCGCCAUGAUGGUACAGCGGCUACACUACAGUGGUAUCUUCGCCUGCACCUUCGACGUGUUUUAUUACCCGUUCGACAGCCAACACUGCUUCCUCCAGCUCCAGCUCUCCGUCAGGCGGGAACUGGUCAAAUUCUCGGAGGAUAAGGCGCGAGUGGAGUACCUGGAGGACCCGAAACUUCCUGCCUAUAUUCUAGAGGGCAUCUUCAUCACGGUUCUGGAGAGUGGCAGUAAUGAAACCAGAUAUUCAAUGCUUAAUGUGGAGUUUGUGUUGGCGAGACGGUGGAAAAUGAUUGUUCUGACCGUGUACCUUCCCACGGCCAUGCUGCAGCUCGUAGGCUACACCACUCUCUUCGUUAAUGUGGCUCUUAUGGACGUGCGCAUGGCUGUCAGUCUCACCACUCUUCUCGUGCUGUACACCCUCUUCAGCAACACAUCAGACGCCCUGCCCACCACAGCCUACGUGAAGCUUAUAGAUGUGUGGUUCUUCUUCUGCAUCUUCCUCCUGUUCUUCAUCAUCGUCAUCCAUACGGUGGUGGAACAUAUGGUGAACUUAUCAGAGAACAAAAGUUUCUCGCAGGUUCUCCCCUUCGAUCCCAGACGCACCAUGGAGAAGUCAAUGCGUGCCUCCUCCCCCGAAGCUGAGCGGCUGUUGUUCGCCUGCAUCAAAAUGAAAUGGUUGAGGGAAUGAAUGGCAACGUUAAGGAUGAGGGGGGUGGUGGUGGCGGCUGUGGCGGCACAGCAGACGACGACAACAUCUGCCGGGACUUCCUGCGCAACGUGUGCCGUCGGGGGAAGCGUUGCAAGUUCCGCCACCCUGACGACGGAGAGCAG